GGCUUUGCCAUCCCAGAUAACGGCAGGCAUGGGACUCCCCAGAGAAAUGGGAUGGGAAGGCGGGAGGUGGAGAGAGGCUUCCAGGUGACUUUUUCCUCUCCGCCUGCACUCGGUCACGGAGCUCUAAGAGACUGAGGAGGUGCCACCUGCCUCCCGCUGCGGCUGCUGCCGCCGCCGCUCCUCUCCGAGCUCUAGCUCGCUCCCCCGUUAAUCAGAUUAGCGCGUCCUAGCAGCCUCCCUCACCCGCUCUUCCCUCGCAAGUGUCCGUCUCCCCUGAGAGAUGUCUCUCAAUUCUGCCUCUCUCUCCUCCCCUUUCCACUGAUCACCGUGCAGUCCUCGUCAGCUCUGGGCAUCUCACCCUCUGUCUUUCUCCCUUUCCUGCUGGGUGUCUCUACCUCCUCUUGGCUCUGUGCAUCGCUCCAUCCAUCCUCCCUCUCUCUCCGCACUGGGGUGUGCGCGCAUCUCUCUCCGCCCGGCGGCUGCCACCCCUCGCCCUACAAGCCCAGCGCUGCCCGGAGGAGCCGCCGCUGCCGCCGCUGCCGCCGCCGGGCCCUGCCUGGCCGCCGUGAGUGCCGCCUCAGCCCGCGCCCGUCCCCCGCCCGCCGCGGCACCAUGUCCGGCUCCGGCAGGAAAGACUUCGACGUGAAGCACAUCCUGCGCCUCCGCUGGAAACUGUUCAGCCACCCCUCGCCGGCGGGCGGCCCGGCGGGGGGAGGCUGCCUGCCGCCCGACAGCAGCUUCGAGCACUGGGGACCGAGCCAGAGCCGCCUGCUGAAGAGCCAGGAGAGAGGCAACGGCGUCUUCUGGAAGAAAUCCGCCUCCUCCGCCUCCUCCUCGGCGGCCACCACAGCCAGCGCGCCCAACGGGACGCUGCUGCCCGCCGGCGGCCGGCCGGCCGCGGGGCACGGCCCGGGACCGCCGCCGCCCCGCACCGUCUUCUACGUGGAGUCCCUGGAGGAGGAGGAGGAGGAGGCGGUGCCCGGCGGGAUGGAGGUGGCCCGCGAGCCCGAGAAGCCCCUGGCGCCGGCGGAGCGGGAGGAGUCGCCGGGGGGCUGCGCCGAUGGAGGCAGCCGGGCAACAGGUGACGGAGGCGGGCACAGACUGUCAGGAGCCAGCCACCCCUUGCCACCCCACUGUGACAUGGAUUCCUGCAGCUCCGAGGAAUUCUACCAGGCUGUUCACCAUGCAGAACAAACCUUCAGGAAAAUGGAGAGCUACCUGAAGCAGCAGCAGCUCUGUGAUGUUAUCCUGAUUGCUGGGGACCGCAAGAUACCUGCACACAGACUUGUCCUCAGUUCUGUCUCUGACUACUUUGCUGCCAUGUUUACAAGUGAUGUUUGUGAAGCCAAGCAAGAAGAGAUCAAAAUGGAAGGCAUAGACCCCAAUGCGCUGUGGGACCUUGUUCAGUUUGCAUAUACAGGCUGCCUGGAAUUAAAAGAAGACACCAUUGAAAACCUUCUGGCAGCUGCCUGCCUUCUCCAGCUCCCCCAAGUAGUGGAGGUUUGCUGCCAUUUUCUAAUGAAGCUUUUGCACCCAUCCAACUGCUUGGGAAUACGAGCGUUUGCUGAUGCACAAGGGUGCACAGAGCUUAUGAAGGUGGCUCACAACUACACCAUGGAGAAUAUAAUGGAAGUUAUAAGAAAUCAAGAAUUUUUACUUCUACCUGCUGAAGAACUCCAUAAACUUCUUGCCAGUGAUGAUGUGAAUGUUCCUGAUGAAGAGACCAUUUUCCAUGCCUUAAUGAUGUGGGUGAAAUAUGAUAUGCAGAGGCGAUGCAAUGACCUAAGUAUGCUGCUUGCUUAUAUCAGAUUACCACUCCUUCCACCUCAGAUAUUGGCUGACCUGGAAAAUCAUGCACUUUUUAAGGAUGACCUAGAAUGUCAGAAGCUUAUUCUGGAAGCCAUGAAAUAUCAUCUUUUACCAGAAAGAAGAACUCUCAUGCAAAGUCCAAGAACUAAGCCUAGAAAAUCUACAGUUGGAACACUUUAUGCUGUUGGAGGAAUGGAUAACAACAAAGGAGCUACAACUAUUGAAAAGUAUGAUCUCAGAACAAACAUAUGGAUUCAGGCUGGAGUAAUGAAUGGCAGGAGGCUUCAGUUUGGUGUUGCUGUCAUCGAUGACAAGCUGUUUGUCAUUGGAGGCCGGGAUGGUUUGAAGACAUUAAACACUGUUGAGUGUUACAAUCCAAAGACCAAGGCUUGGACUGUGUUACCACCUAUGUCAACACAUAGGCAUGGCUUAGGAGUUACAGUGCUUGAAGGGCCUAUUUAUGCGGUGGGAGGACAUGAUGGUUGGAGUUAUUUGAACACAGUUGAGAGGUGGGACCCUCAAAGUCAGCAGUGGACAUUUGUGGCAAGUAUGUCAAUUGCCAGAAGCACUGUUGGAGUAGCAGCAUUAAAUGGCAAGUUAUAUUCGGUUGGAGGUCGGGAUGGAAGUUCAUGUUUGAGUUCAAUGGAAUAUUAUGAUCCUCACACAAAUAAAUGGAAUAUGUGUGCUCCUAUGUGCAAGAGAAGAGGAGGUGUAGGAGUGGCUACCUGUGAUGGCUUUCUUUAUGCAGUUGGAGGUCACGAUGCUCCUGCUUCUAAUCACUGCUCUCGACUGCUGGACUAUGUGGAAAGGUAUGACCCAAAAACUGAUACAUGGACAAUGGUGGCUCCACUGAGUAUGCCUCGAGAUGCUGUUGGUGUUUGUCUCCUUGGUGACAAAUUAUAUGCAGUAGGUGGCUACGAUGGUCAAUCAUACCUGAACACGAUGGAAGCAUAUGAUCCUCAAACUAAUGAGUGGACACAGAUGGCGUCCUUAAAUAUUGGAAGGGCUGGUGCCUGUGUUGUAGUCAUCAAACAACCGUGACUUUGUCAGCCCUGCUUAGGAUUUUACUGACUGUGAAAUGAUUAUUUUUCUACGAGACAAAGAGAAUGAUAACUUCACAAGAACAAGGAUCUACACAGUGAAUACACUGUUGAUCGCAAACUUGAAGAACUUUGGAAGUGACAAAGAUUAAGUAUUUAUGCCCUAUAAAAUCAUAAAACCGUUCACAGUCAGUGAACAAGGAAAAAGCCCCCAGAGUAUUGUAGGCGUAAAUAUGUGAAUGUAGAGUAGUAAGUUCAGGUAUUGUUCUCAUGAAUGCAUCCUUGAGAACUGGAUAAUCAUGGGAAACCUGCACAAAGAGUGGAAAGGAAUAUGAGAACAGUUUUCAUGGCUGCAAGAGAACUGCAGAAACAUGAAAGCUUAUUUAAUCAAUUUUUAAUUGUGUUUUUUAAAAGAGAAAAGUGGGUAGUAAUAUAAUUUUUUUUGCUGUUCAAGUCUUGUCUUCAAAUGGGUUAUGGUCUUCUCAUUUAAAUGAGCAGUUUGACUUUACUGAAAGGAAGAGCUCAAAUGGUCUGGAUAUUCAUAGUGACUGAGCUGUGACUCUAAAGCAGGAAGAAACACAAAACUAAAAGUAGACUUUUUUGUAACUUCAGGUUGUACAUCCUCACCUGUAUUAAUGCAUCUUAUAAAUUAGUCUGUUGAGGGGGAAGCCUGCGUGUUUAAUCAAGUAAUAUAAAGCAGUCCUGUGCCUGCACUGGGGCUUUGUUGCAAAUAUGGGAGUCAAAGAAACAGUUACCUAAUUAUUUUUUAAUCUCAUAUUCAAUUUAAGCAUGUGGGCUCUAACCUCAUUGUUUAAUGCAUCUACUGCAUGUUGGAAGCUCAUGACAAGCUGGAGAAUUGAUCCCCUUAUUUUGCUGCAUCACGUUAAUGGAUGAACCAUGAUAAGAACAGUCUAUAGAGACUCUUCUAACAUUUCAAAAGGGAGAAAAUUCCUACAUUUUAUUUCUUUCUGAUGCUUGUACAUACACGAUUUUGCCUACUUAGAGCUGCAAAUUUAUUACUUUCCACUUGUGACUGAGAAUAACUGCAAGCCAGGAAAUCAGAAUAAAUGCAAGUGGAAUAAGGAAAAUUAGACAAUUUGAUCUAAUAAAUUUCAUAUGGUAAAUAUACUAUUGUCAUCUGUGCUUCCCUUUAGGGUUGAUAAUUUCUGCCAGUAAUGAUAGCUUGAGCUUUUGAUUUGGCAGUAGAUUUGGUGCUGAUGCUUUCUGUCUGCUCAGCUGAAUCAGUUAGAACCUAAGGGCACUACUGGAAUAUGAAAUUCUGCUACUUAGGGAUGCACAGUUUCUGGGAAUAGGGCACCAAAUAUACUUCUCUAAAGCCUUGCUGAUCCUAUAGAAAACAAUUUAUGGCCCAAAAGCCAAAACUUCACAAACCUCUGUCACUAGCAAUUUUGAGAAGGAAUUCUGGUCGCACUAAAAUGAGUUUUCUUAGGGGAAACCUCUGCAAUCAUUUGAGAUGAAAAAAUAUGUAGAACUUCCAUCUUGAGACAUUUGAUUUGAAGGUGUGUCUUUCCUUCUAACUGCAUCAGUAUGCAUGGAGGUCCUUGUUUACUGACGUAAGUUGAAUUGCAAUUGUGAAGCCUAAGUAUAUGGAUUUUAAUCUUUUAAAUAUUUCUCUGUCCUAAUUUGGAAUCAGCUGAAAACACUUCAACAUUAAUUUUCCACAGCCAGUUGCCUUUUGAAUUGCAAUUAGUCUUUCACAGACAAACAUAUGAAUUUUUCUCCAACUACAACAAGCUGUUGAAUAGAAAUGUUACCUCUCUAAAGAUUUUGCUUCACAUAAGCACAAGUUUUGGCGACCAAAUGAAGAAGAUUCUAAAAUUAUAACUGUAAUUUAAUAUGGAUAUUGGCAUUCAGAACUCCUACAGAGAUAGCUAAAGAACGUAGAAAUUGAAUUUUAAUUCUAUUCCCAGAACUUUCUUUUGAUUUCAUUAUAUUAAUAUAUAAUAGAAAUAUUAUCACUCUACCUGUACACCGAUCUUCAAAGGCGAAUUAUUCCUAUUAAUUUCAUUCUGUGCCAAAUUUGUUUAAAGUGCCUUGAUCAUUAUUUUCUUCCAUUUAUCCUCAUUUCAUUUUUGAUUCUCAGUUUCCUUUUCUACUUUUUCAAUUUGGUUUUAAUUUGCCAAAAGGAUUCUCAUGUGAAUUUUUUCAGUCUAUUCCACUUCUCAUAUUUUGAAACCAUAAAAUUUGUAUUUGUUUUAUUUUGAUUAUGUAAAAUCUAGCCACAAUAAGAAUCAAAAUUGGCUUUCAUAUUUAUACAAGUGUUACAAGUUUCUUCUAAAGAGAAUUUAUGAAAAAAUUUAAAUCUUUCUUCUUUACUAUUGUGUUUACUUUCACUGAAAAUAAUAAUAGUUUUACCUUUUCCUCAAAGAAAAUAUCUUUAAAUCCAAGUACUAUGUAAUUGUAGUCUUGUUUUCUGUGGUUCAUUAAAACCAUCUUACAUUUUCUCAUGUAUAAGUGUUAAAAUCACUUCUGAUGCACUGAAUUGUGCUAAACAAUGUUAAGUUUACUUAUUAAGAAAGCCGCUGUCUUUUCAAAAAACAGGUGAACUAGUUCAUCUACCAUUAUUUAUUUUCUCUCACAUGAUCUCUUUGAUUUCAAAGUAUGAAAAUCACAGGGAAAUCAGAGCUGCGACAAACAUUAAUUUUACUGAAAUCGAUGAACAAAUUCCUCAAAAUGUAGAUAUUUCCUAAAAAGCUGGAACCCUUGUAUAUCUAUAUAUCUGAACAUGUCAAUUAAUACCUAUUCUUUAGUGGAGCUUUUUAGUAUUGACACUACAUCCAAUUUCAUAGGAAAGUUUUACAUUGUUAUCAAAGUCACAAAUAAGCUAUGAAUAUUAUUUCAUUUCAUUUAGUUACAAUUGUUCAAUGAUUAUUUUAAUAUAUGUUCUUGCAAUCAAAAUACUGAUAUUGUUUAAAAAUCAGAAGUAAAUUUUUAAAAAUCAUUUUACAUAUAGAACAGACUUUUUAUUCAUAUCAAACUUGUCCAAUUAUUAAGACAAUAUUAGGAUGUUUUCAGGGAGUUGCUUGCCUCAUAAUUUUACUCUGUUAAGCUAACAUUACUUGAUGUAAGGGAAUGAUUUUAGCAUAGACAAAGGAUCAUUUCCUUGGAUACCAUUUUCUUCUAAAGAAACCUGCUAUCAAUUGACCAUUAUUUUGAAAAUACUUAAAAUAUAUUUAGAAAUAUAUAUUUAUUAUAUCUAUAAUCUUAUCUCUAUGUAUUAUUCAGAUAUUUUCAGUAUGUUUAGAAGGCCCAUAUAAACUCCCAUAAAUAUGAUUAUGUCUUAAACAUUUUCUAUUAUUUCAAUAAAAGUAACUCACAAAAGAAAUUUGAGUUAUGCAAGUUAUAUGCAAGUUUUAAUGGCUCAGACUUGAUGUCCAUGAGCAAAAACCAGAAAAGCUGUAAAUUGUGAUUAGGAAUGAAAUACACUUUUUCCACAAGAGAAUUUGCAUUCUGGAAAACUUUCCUUAUUAUUUUGCCCACAAUGAGCUGGGGAAAGAAAUGUGACCUAUGACCUAUGUUAUCUAUGAAUUUACAUUAGUUAUUUCAUGAAGAAUAAAUAGAGAAGGCAUUUCCACAAAGACUUCAUAAAAGCUCUUGUAACUUCUUUCAAAUAGCAGUAAUAGAUUCCAUCAUUUAAAUUCUAAAAUAUCAAAUUAUUGGAUUUUUUGCAUUUACUGUAUCAAAUAAAUGAGCAUACACUAGGCGAUGCAGGCUUACUUCCAGCUCAGAAUCUCAAUAUGUUAAAGUAACUCCAGAUAUAUUUCUUUAAAAACAGAUUAUCCAUGCAGUAUAUCUGUUCUAACUUAAAUGAGAAUGCAUAAAAUUUUCAGCAGAAUAAUUAUUCUUCAGCAUUAUUCUAAAUCCAGUGUAUAGCUGCUCAAAUUUGCAUAACCUUGCAAUUCAUUGCAAAUUCCCUCAUUAUAGUUCUGCUUCAUAGUUCAUGGGGACUGGGUACACUCUGGGACAGAGAAACCAGUGAAAAUCAUUAUAUCAGCAUAAGCUUGAUUUCCACAUGCAGGACUACAGCUGUCAGACAUUAAACCAUAAAGAAAAUUGCUAGCACAGGUAAGAAUUGUGGUGACAGGAACAAUACAGCUUCGAAUCACUGGCUAUUCACAUCUCCACCUUGGGGAAUUUGUGCAGCUGCCAAAUCCAUCACCUGCUAAGAGUUGCAAAAGUAUUCAAAGCUGAGGUGUAAGCUGCUUACACAUCUAUCACCCCAUACUUUCCUGGAUUUCCCAUGAUGAUUAAAAUAUGGACAAAAAUUUAAAAAAUGAUGAUAAUAAAUCCACUCUUGUAGAAGUCUAGUACUGCUCAGAAUUAGGUCUGUGAACCAGGUUCAUGUUCAGUGUUCUUUGCUCAGGUGGCCUAGGUUGUGUGUUGAGUCUGGUGACAUCUUUAGUGAACUCUUUCUAAUGUCCCCAAGAAAAGUGCUGUAAGAGGGCUGCCUUUGAUGGCUUCCAGGAAGAAAUGAUGUUUCAAAGGUGAGAGGUUUCCAUUAAAUAGAUGAGCAUUCAGUUUAGUCACCCCCACAUAAGUACCUGAUACCAUGUGAGAUGCCCAAAAUUAUCUAAGUCAUCCACACUGGGCUGGCACAUAUGACACAGAUGAAGUUAUGGAGUGGUAACAGGAGGUUGAAUGGGCUGUAAAGUAUCCCAGAUGAUAUUAGAUACCUUUUUGUAGGCAAAUAGAAUCCAUGAUCCCAUAUAUAUAUAUAUAUAU